AUGUCAGAACAACCAGUACAUUCUCCUACCACGGAACAAGAGAGCAAGUCAUCGACGGCGCAUUUUGAGGACUCUCAGCAUACCAUCCCCGAGAAAACGCACAACGGCGAUACUGCACUCGCACUCUUUGCCCAUGGAGAUAUUCAGAAUGAACCCAUCGGUCCAGCAGAGAACAAGAGACUGGUGCACAAGAUAGAUUGGAUGAUUUUGCCUUUCUUAUCAAUCUGUUACGCAUUCUACUACAUUGACAAAACCACACUCUCCUACGCGGCUAUCUUCGGCAUCAACGAAGACCUAGGUCUCUCCGGUGAGCAAUAUUCCUGGCUAUCGAGUGUGUUCUACUUCGGAUUCCUGGUUUGGAGCGUACCGACAAACUUUCUCCUCCAGCGGUUUCCGGUUGGAAAAUACCUGGGUGUGAACAUUAUUCUCUGGGGAGUCUUUUUGAUGCUUCAAGCUGUUGCAAAAAACUUCGUCCAACUCGCCGUCCUCCGUGUUAUUUCCGGCGCCGCAGAAGCAUGCAGUGACCCAGCCUUCAUGCUCAUCACGAGCAUGUGGUACACUCGUCGACAACAACCUAUCCGAAUCGGUCUGUGGUAUACUGCUAACGGUGCUGGUAUUGCUAUCGGUGGCUUGCUAGGUUACGGCAUCGGACAGAUCAAGGGUGCUCUCGCUUCAUGGAAGUAUGAAUUUCUGAUAAUCGGCGCACUCUGCGCUGCUUGGGGUAUUCUGAUUACUAUAUUCCUGCCGGACUCGCCUGUUACGAUGCGGUACUUAACUAACAGGGAGAAAUGGGUUGCUAUCGAGCGGUUGCGAGAUAAUCAGACUGGUGUUGAGAACAAGCAUCUCAAAUGGGCGCAAGUCUGGGAGGCAUUGACAGACUGGAAGGUUUGGACGUUCCUAUUACUGGGACUGUCAGGCAACAUACCCAACGGGGGUAUCUCGAACUUCGGAACAUUGAUCAUUCAAGGCUUUGGCUUCUCCACCCUGGUCACAACCCUCAUGCAAAUCCCCUAUGGCACACUAAUCGCCAUCCUGAUCCUCCUUGCCGUCUUCCUCAACGACCGCCUCCCACCAAAUAACCGCUGCUACGUGACAAUCCUCUUCCUCCUCCCGAACGUCGCCGGUUCAUUCGGUCUCGCGUACCUCCCGGAAAGCAACAAGAUUGGCCGAUUGAUCUGUUACUACCUCACGGGCUCGUAUAAUGCCUCUUUCGUGCUCAUCCUCUCCAUUCUGACUGCAAAUAUUGCCGGUCAUACGAAGAAAGUCGUUACGAACGCUAUGAUCUUCCUAGGUGUUUGUGCGGGUAAUAUCGCAGGACCGUUCUUUUACAAAGAUAGCCAGGCACCGCGGUACCCGUUGGGGAUCUGGUCGAUGAUCGUGGCAAAUUCUAUUGAAAUUGCCCUGGUGCUCAUGUUAAGGAUUGCGCUGGCGUUGGAGAAUCAAAGACGGGAUCGGGUGCAGGCUGAGCAGGGACGGAGAGACCUGGAUGAGACGGCAUUUAGUGAUCUGACGGAUAAGGAGAAUCUCAACUUCCGGUAUAUUUACUAG